AUGUCUUUAUCAAGAUACAACAAACAAUAUCUUGGGUACUUGAAUAAGUAUCCACUUCUUACCAAGUCACUUACCUCAGCAGUAUUUUGCGGACUCAAUGAGACUGUGGCUACGUUUUUAGCGGGCGAGUCAAAGACUUCAAAUGUUCUUGGAAUACCAAUUCCUCAUGCCAUACUGUCUAAAUUAUUUACUAUGAUAUUCUAUGGAGCAUUUAUUGUUACUCCGAUCUCACAUAAAAUGUACGGAGUACUUAAUCGUGUGUUUGGGACCAAAUUGACGCCAAAGAUGAAAAUAGUUCAAUUGUUAACCAGUUUAUCAACAAUCACACCUUCAUUGGUGGCUGUUUAUACGACUUGGUUAUCACUUAUUAAUGGGUACAGACCAGUUGCGGGUAACACCUUGAGUCAAGAAAUCUCCAGAGCUUUUGAAGCAGUUAAAUUAGGCAUGAAAAGAACUUAUCCUCAAUUAUUGAAACUGUCAAUCGUUACUUCACUUUUCACCUUAUCUAUUGCUCAAAACUUUAUAGCUCCAGACUUGUGGGUAGUGUGGAACAUGAUCUCUUCUACUAAAGCUGGUUUAUUAAGAACAUCCACUAAGUACUUAACAACCAGACGUACAAUGAUUACAGCCCAAGCAGUUGUGUACUCACAACAUGGUGAACCUAAAGAUGUGUUGACCACCCACACUUAUGAAAUUGAUGAAACCAAAUUAGAAUCCAAUCAAAUAGUCGCCAAAACAUUGGCAUCUCCUGUUAAUCCUUCUGAUAUUAAUCAGAUCCAAGGUGUUUAUCCAUCAAAGCCUGAGAAGACAACUGAUUUAGGAACCACGGAACCCCUGGCUCCUUGUGGUAACGAAGGUCUUUUCCAAGUGUUACAUGUUGGCUCUGGAGUAUCUGAUUUACAACCAGGUGAUUGGUGUGUUCCUCGUAACGUCAACUUUGGUACCUGGAGAACCCAUGCCUUAGGUACCGCUGAAGAUUUCUUCAAGAUCCCUAAUCCUGAACAAUCCAAAGCUAAUGGUAAACGUAAUGGUUUAUCCAUUAAUCAAGGAGCUACCCUUUGUGUCAAUCCUCCUACUGCCUUAUUAAUGUUAACUCAUUACGUCAAAUUAGGGCCUAAUGAUUGGUUUAUCCAAAACGGUGGGAACUCAGCCGUUGGGAAAUAUGCUAUUCAAGUGGCUAGGAUCUUAGGGUUCAACUCCCUUUCAGUCAUUCGUGAUAGACCAGAUUUGGACAAAUUGAAAGAUCAAUUGACUCUGUUGGGUGCCACCAAAGUCAUCACCGAAGAAGAAAACCUGUCAAAGGAGUUUGGUGCCACCAUCAAAGACUGGACAAAAGAUGGUGAAAUCAAAUUAGCUUUGAAUUGUGUUGGUGGUAAGAAUGCUACCGGAAUUGCUCGUAAGUUGGCUAAAAACGGUAUUAUGUUGACAUAUGGUGGUAUGUCAUUUCAACCAGUUAUCAUUCCAACAAGCUUGCACAUCUUCAAGAACAUUACCAGUGCAGGGUUUUGGGUUACUGAAUUAUUGAGUAGCAACUUUGACUUAAAGCAGAAAUCUUUCAAUCAAAUCAUUGAAUGGUAUGAAGACGGCCAAUUGGUAGAUUCACCUUCGAUUGAGUCUUCUUUUGAUGGUUCAAAGCCUUUGCAUGAGGUUUAUCAAGAAGCAGUAUUGAACUCAAAGAAUGGUAAGCAAUUAGUUGUGUACUAG